CGAUGGGGAGCUCAGGGUGUUCGUGGUCGCUGGCGAGGUAUCUGGCGACUCGCUCGCUUCCCGACUCAUGGCGUCUCUGAGGGCGCUGUCCCCUGUGCCCGUCCGCUUCGCUGGCGUUGGCGGGUAUCUUCUGUAUUCUUAUAUCUGAAGGCGAAGUGUGAAAUUAUCAUGUGCUCCCUGUACCCAUGAAAUGAUCUCUUCAGCAUAAUUGCAUCGUUUAGCUUCUCCAUCUGCAAUUUGAUCCAAUCCCAGUUUCAAGUUGGAACGUGGAUCCUAUCAUUUGUUUUUGUUCAAAUAUGGUCUUUCAUUUCUUUCCCCAUUGUACAUACUCUUUUGUCAAUGUAGUGCAUUAAUGUGCAAGGAAGGUUUGCAAUCACUUUUUCCUAUGGAAGAAAUUGCCAUUAUGGGCAUGUGGGAGCUGCUGCCGCACAUAUAUAGUAUCAAGAGGAAAAUUGAGGAUACUGCAAAUGCGGCUAUGUUAUUUCAACCUCAUGCUGUGGUUACAGUUGAUUCAAAGGGGUUUUCUUUUCGACUGUUGAAGCAAUUGAAAUGCAGAAGCAAUCAGAAGGUUCAAAAUCCUCUGCAUAUUCAUUAUGUUUCGCCAUCAUUCUGGGCCUGGAAAGGUGGUGAAAGCAGGCUCUCAAAGUUGCAUAAUUUUGUGGACCACAUGUUUUGUAUUCUUCCGUUUGAGGAAGAAAUAUGCAGAUUAAAUGGGUUGCCUGCUACUUAUGUGGGCCACCCCUUAUUGGAUGAUGCGAUUGGCCUAAACAUGGGACCAGAAUUGUCCUCUGACGAGUCCAAGUAUCAGAGAAGUUGUGAAGCUUUCCAACUGGAACAUGGGCUGUCUCCAGGUGCCACAAUCAUAACCAUGUUGCCUGGAAGUAGGAUGCAGGAGGUAGUUCGAAUGCUUCCUAUCUUUUUGCAUACUGUGCAGAACUUAAGACAAACAUUUAAUGAACUAUCACUAGUCAUCCCAGUUGCUCCACAUCGAGAUGUGAGGACCUAUAUUGAAAAGGUUGUUCAGUCAGGACCUUUUCCAGUGGUGUUGAUACCCGGGGGAUCGCUUAAGGAAAGAUACGAUGCAUUCAGUGCUAGUAGAGUAGCAUUAUGUACUUCAGGUACAGCUGUUAUGGAACUAAUGCUAGCAAGACUACCCUGUGUGGUAGCUUACCAAGCUCAUUUCAUCACAGAAUGCUUUAUCCACUUGAGGAAAAAGAUAAACUUUAUUUCUCUGCCCAACAUUCUCUUGAAUUCUCCUGUUGUGCCUGAGAUCCUUUUUCGGGCUUGUACAGCUAAGAAUCUAGCUGCAAAAUUAAGUGAGGUUAUUUCCAAUGAUCAAAUCCGCCAGAUUCAAAUUGAAUCAGCUGACCAAGUAUUCAAGGUUCUUUAUGAACCCAUCAAGAAACGGGAUACUUUAUUAAGGGAAGAGAUUGGUGACUCAGGCUUGUCAUCAAACUUCCUAUCUCCUAGCAUGAUCGCAGCUUUAACAGUGCUUUAUAUGGAUAGACAUCAAAACACUGCAUGCCGGAAAUUGGUGGAAUAAAAGCUAAGGAAUCUUUUGUUCUACCAAUGUGGUCAGGGUUUCAUGCAUGCGAUUCAUCCACAACUGGAGUAGCAAGGCAACAAGCAACUGGUUAUUUUUAAGCUUCCAGUUCUGAAGUGGUAUCAGGUCAACAUCAUGGUAUCGUAAACAGAUUUCAGGCAUGUGCUCUGGUGCAUUAAAUGCCAUGGUCUGAUGGUCAUCCGGUUGGUGCAGACUCUUCUACGGUUAGAAUUUCCUGGGUGGAACAGGAGUCAGGGAGUGUGACUAGAUGGCAUAGUGGGACUCUUUAUGAACAAGAUUUCUGCGGUGGCAAGGCAGACUGUACAGCUUCUGCUCUGCGGUGGCAAGGGCCCUGAUGCAGUUGCUCUUAAUAAAGCGCAUAUCGAGGUUUUGCUGUGCUGCUGGAGUUCUCUUAAUAAAGCGCAUAUCAAGAUUUUGUUGUGCUGACAAAUGGAGAGGUAAAUCCUCUAAUAAAUACCCCCAUGAAAUUUGGUGAUGAAUUCUGAUGUAAUAGUCUGCAUGUCGUUAUUAUAUGGAUGUUGGGCAAUGGGGAGGUGGAAACUGGUAGGACUGAAAUUUCCUGUCAAAGAUUUUAAAGAAAAUCCUGUCAAAGUGGGUGAAGCAUGCAUUCCCACGUUGCCAGUGGUACGAUGACGUCA